AUGAUGAACGGAAACGCUGUGACGGCGACGACGCCGAAUGGCGUCGAGAACAAAGAAGCUCCGCGAGCAACUGCUUCGUUAUUUCGUGUCCAGGGCAACGUUGAGGCUCUGUCGUCGGCGUCCACACAUUCUGAUUUUCAGAAAACGUCGACACCACUAGUUGGCGCUGAAAUCAAUGCGCCUUUGAUAAAAAACGAUAAAUCGAAGACGACACAAGAGGAUAUCAUGAUUGAGACGCUGACGGCUGAGAAUGCGGCCGCCCAUGAGAUUGUUCCAUGUGCCCAUAUGCUUCGAACGAGCCUUGAAGAAGGUCUCACGACGGCCGAGGCUUCGCGACGCCGCCAAUACCAUGGCUACAAUGAGUUCGACGUCGGCGAAGAGGAGCCGAUUUAUAAGAAAUACCUCGAGCAAUUCCAAAAUCCGCUCAUUCUGCUGUUGCUUGCUUCGGCGAUCGUCUCGAUUCUCAUGAAACAGUACGACGACGCGAUUAGUAUUACGGUGGCGGUUGUUAUUGUGGUGACGGUCGGAUUUGUGCAAGAGUACCGAUCGGAGAAGACGCUCGAGCAGCUCACGAAACUCGUGCCGCCGACAUGUCACGUGAUUCGCGAUGGAAAAGAAAUGGAAAUGCUUGCCAGGGAGCUCGUGCCUGGCGAUUUGGUGUUGCUCAACACGGGAGAUCGGAUAUCAUCGGACCUGCGGAUUGUCGAAAGUUUCUCGCUGCAAAUCGAUGAGAGCUCGCUGACGGGCGAAACUGAGCCGAAGCACAAGGAGACGAAGGCGGUCGAGUCGAAAGUCGAGCAUCUGACGUGCAUCGCAUUCAUGGGCACCCUUGUGUGCGCCGGACGCGGAAAAGGGAUUGUUAUAUCGACGGCGACCAAUUCGCAAUUCGGUGAAGUUGUUAAGCUAAUGAUGGGCGAGGAGUGCCCAAAAACGCCGCUUCAACGGAGUAUGGAUGAGCUCGGCAAGCAGCUCUCAUUCUAUUCAUUCGGCGUCAUCGGCGUGAUCUUCACGAUCGGCCUCGUCCAGGGCCGCAACAUCGUCGACAUGUUCACGAUUGGUGUGAGUUUGGCGGUGGCCGCGAUUCCCGAAGGUCUGCCGAUUGUGGUGGCGGUGACGUUGGCGAUUGGUGUGAUGCGAAUGGCGAAACGUCGAGCGGUGGUGAAGAAGAUGCCGGCUGUCGAGACGCUCGGCUGUGUGACGGUGAUAUGUUCGGACAAAACCGGCACGCUCACGAAGAACGAGAUGACCGCCACGUGUAUUGUGAGUCCCGAAGGCCGAACGGCCGACGUCACCGGAUUGGGAUAUUCGGCGGUUGGCGGAAUGGUGCAGUUCAAUGGUGAAAUUGUCACCAAUUUUAGUCAUCCCGAAUUUGCCAGAAUAAUUGAGGCAGGAAUUGUGUGCAACAACGCGAAAAUCGAAGGCGACAAACUGAUCGGACAGCCGACCGAAGGCGCGAUAGUGGUUCUCGCGAAGAAGGCGCAACUCGAAUCGUGCCGCAAUUUGUACAAACGACUUCGCGAGAUGCCGUUCUCAUCGGACACGAAAUGGAUGGGCGUUCAGUGCGAUCAAAACGGCGCCUCGGUGUACUUCAUCAAGGGCGCCGUCGAUCGCGUGCUCGAUCAGUGUCAAACCUAUCUCUCGUCGGACAAUUUGCGGAAGCCGAUCGAUGGGUACGCGCGGCAGAAUGUGCUCGAGAACGCGCGACAAUUGGGAUUGAAAGGAUUGCGAGUUCUUGGCGUUGCUCGCGGCGAGAGCAUGCAAUCGUUGACGUUCCUUGGAAUGAUGGGAAUGCUUGAUCCGCCGCGGCCGGGCGCCGCCGAAGCCAUCGGUAUUGUGAAAGCGAGCGGAGUUGAUGUGAAACUGAUCACUGGCGAUGCGAUGGAGACCGCGCAGAGCAUCGGACGCAGUCUCGGCGUGCUCUCGUCGGCGGAUAGUUGUCUGUCGGGACAGCAGGUCGAUCAGAUGAGCGAUCGCGAUUUGGAAUUGGUCAUUCGACAGGUUACGGUAUUUUAUCGAGCUUCACCACGGCACAAACUGAAAAUUGUGAAGGCGCUUCAAGCGCUUGGCGAAGUCGUCGCCAUGACUGGCGAUGGUGUCAAUGAUGCGGUGGCAUUGAAGAAGGCGGAUAUUGGUGUGGCGAUGGGAUUGUGCGGCACCGACGUGUGUAAAGAAGCUGCUGACAUGAUCCUUUGCGAUGAUGACUUCUCAACGAUGACGGCGGCGAUCGAGGAGGGCAAAGCGAUUUAUCACAAUAUUACAAAUUUUGUGCGAUUUCAACUUUCCACGAGUGUCGCUGCGUUGUCAUUGAUUGCCGCUUCGACGAUGUUCCGAUUCGAGAAUCCGCUGAACGCGAUGCAGAUCCUCUGGAUCAAUAUUAUCAUGGAUGGUCCGCCGGCGCAGUCGCUCGGCGUCGAGCCGGUCGACGACGAUAUCAUCCGACAGCGGCCGAGGAAUACGAAGCAGCCGAUGCUCACAAUGAAGCUCAUUAUUGAUAUUUUGGCGUCGGCGGCGAUUAUUGUUGUCGGAACGUUGAGCGUUUUUUAUAAGGAGAUGUCUGCUGAUAACAAAGUGACCCCUCGCGAUACGACAAUGACAUUUACUUGCUUCGUUCUCUUCGACAUGUGGAAUGCGUUGAGUUGUCGAAGUUCGCGAAAAAUGAUUUGGCAAAUUGGCAUUCGAAGGAAUCGAAUGUUCUGCUUGGCGGUUUCCGCCUCCCUCAUCUGCCAGCUUCUCGUUAUUUAUUGGAGUCCCCUGCAGCAUGUGUUUCAGACGGAAGCCUUAACCUUAUUUGAUUUAAUAUUCCUUACCACCAUCACGUCGACGGUUUUCAUUUUCAACGAAUCCAGAAAAUAUUUCUCGUUGCGGUCGAAAUCGUUAAACCAUGAUCCGUUGUCCUUUUUGUUUGAAAAAAUGAGAGUGACUGUACUUGGAGAUACACUUCUAGCUCGCCACUUUGUGAAAUAUGUCAAUCUCGAACACCAAACCGUUCAACUAACACUAUGGACUCACGAGAAUGUUGAAUAUCCGGAAUUCUCGGAUAUUGCACCAUGCUUGAGAUUUUAUGGCGUUAAAAAUUUGCCGAAUUCAAUGCUCGGCGCUGAUAUUGUAAUCAAUUUGCAUGAAUGCACGGAUUUUUCGCUAGUUCCUGAUGUGAAAACGCUGUCAAAGCAUAAUGUUGAAAUUGUCCGCUCGAUUCUGUUCCAUUUGCAAUCACCACUGAUUCAUUUAUCGUCAACUUUUCUACAAUGCUCUAACCGCUGGCCGAAUGUGUACGAAGCUGAGCGUGAUCCGACAAUUUAUCGCUCACAAUGGCCAUUUCCCGAAUACUGCGAGUCAAAAUAUGAAGCAGAACAACUCGUUAUUAAAUCAAAUAUCGAUCAUUAUAUAAUCCGUUGUGUGCCGACAUAUGGCGAAGGCGAUGAUUGCUCAAUUCUCACCGAUCUCAUCUACUUCUCCGGCGACAAGAAGGUGCCGCAAAUCGGCGAUGGCGAUGGGCAUAUGCAGUUGGCGUAUGCUGGCAAUCUGUCUACAGCCGUCUGGCAAGCCGCUUGUCUGUUGUUGUCGCGAUCGACGCGUUUCGAUUUGAAUGGCUCUUUUGGCGACGAGCUUAGCGAUUUGAUCUCAUCCGCGGAUAAUUCGUUGAGACUUGUGGAAUCGCAAGAGCCCGAAAUUGCCAUGAAGCCCGUGUUGACCUCUAUAAAAGAAGAAGAGGAGGACCUUGAGGGCUAUAAAGCUCGACAUAAUACGGUCCGCACAAGCUAUGCCAGCGAGCAUGAGGCGAAAAUCAAAGAUUAUCAAGACGGCGGCGAUCUCGACGUGUUCGACUCGGACGAAUUGAUAAAUGAGAAUUCGGAAGACGAAGAAGCCGGAUUGAUGUGCAACACGGGAAGCGAGACGAUCGUUUUUGAGAAUUCGAGAUGUUUUCAGUCGGACUCGGAAAAUAUUUCGGAGAUAUUCCUUCUGAAUGAUGAGACGCCGAAAAAUACGGUCUACCAAACGUUUGGCAAACUUCUUGCGUCUGAAACUCGUAUGAUCGCCAAAGGAGGCUACGCGUUCAUUCCGAUUUAUUAUAUUUAUCUAAUGUUCGCCGCGUUGGUGCUGUUUGCUGUUCAAAUUUUUGGACCGUUUUCGUUUGCGAAAAAGCUUCCAAGUCCAUCGUUCCUUUACCUUUAUUUCCAUCAUUGGACAUUUUUCAAUUCGACAAAAAGUCGUCUCGUUCUCGGCUACAAAUCGGAGCACGAUUUCGCGAAAAUCGUCGACAAAUGCGCUCCGCAUUAUCAUCGCAUUCGCAAGAAUGAUGUUAAGCGAUUCUCGUGGCAAAACUCGAUUAUUUACAGUAAUAAUUAUUGA